AUGAAGCUACAAGUACCCGCGUUUGCGCGGUCGUCUUCUGACGUGAAAACGUCAUUCAUGGGAGCCCGGGGCCAGAAACUGCACAAUCUCGUGGCAGCAAUUGCAGGAUUGGGAUUCUUGCUGUUUGGAUACGACCAGGGAGUUAUGGGCGGUCUUCUAACUCUCGACACGUUCAUCCAACAGUUUCCCAAAAUGGACACCUCCGACUACCUGCCUCCAAAGGUCAAGACCUUCAACACCACCAUUCAAGGCACAGCCGUGGGCAUCUACGAAAUCGGAUGCAUGAUUGGAGCUCUGUUCACCAUGUGGGCUGGAGACAAGCUUGGAAGACGCUACAUGAUCUUCUUUGGCUCCAUCAUCAUGACGAUUGGAGCGAUUCUGCAAUGUGCUUCCUACUCUCUGGGACAGUUCAUUGCCGGAAGAGUCAUUUCUGGAAUUGGAAACGGCUUCAUCACAGCCACAGUCCCCAUGCUCCAGUCGGAAUGCGCCAAACCCGAACGUCGAGGAAAGUUGGUCAUGCUGGAGGGAGCUCUCAUCACCGCUGGAAUUGCUCUUUCGUAUUGGAUCGACUUUGGCUUCUAUUGGGUGCGGACCAACGACGCCGACUGGCGUUUCCCUAUCGCCUUCCAGAUUGUCUUCUCUCUGGUUCUCACCUUCACCAUCAUGUCUCUUCCCGAGUCUCCCCGAUGGCUCGUGAAGAAACAGAGAUUCGAAGAAGCGGCAGGAGUUUUUGCUGCUCUCGAGGAUGUGCCUCUGGACGACCCCUACGUGAUUAACCAGAUCACCUCCGUCAAAGAAUCGAUCAUGAUGGAGCAGCUGGCCCAGUUGGGUGUCGAUGGUGUCGAUGCUCGGCGGAAAAUCCAGUCGGGCGAGUUCCAAAUGGGCCAGGAGCUGUCUUUCAUCGGUCAAAUGAAACUCAUGUUCACCUUUGGCAAAAAGAAAAACUUCCACCGAACAAUGCUGGCCUACUGGAACCAGGUGAUGCAGCAGGUGACCGGCAUCAACCUCAUCACCUACUACGCAGCUUACAUUUACCAAACCAGCGUGGGAAUGAAUGCCACAGACUCGCGAAUUCUGGCCGCCUGCAACGGAACAGAGUACUUUAUGGCUUCCUGGGUCGCCUUCUACACAAUUGAGCGAUUUGGACGCCGAAAACUCAUGCUGUUUGGAGCCGUAGGCCAAGCAUGCACUAUGGCCAUUCUCACCGGAUGUGUUUACGCAGCUUCAAAGCCCGAAGAUGGAGGCUUGGACAUGCAGGGGGCGGGAAUCGCUGCGGCCGUCUUUCUGUUUGUGUUCAACACUUUCUUCGCCAUUGGCUGGCUCGGUAUGACCUGGCUCUACCCUGCGGAAAUCUCGUCUUUGGAGAUCAGAGCUCCGGCAAACGGUCUUUCCACCUCGGGCAACUGGGCCUUCAACUUCAUGGUGGUAAUGAUCACCCCCGUGGCUUUCAACUCCAUCAAGUGGAAGACGUAUAUCAUUUUUGCCUGCAUCAACGCCUUCAUGGUCCCCAUGGUGUACUUUUUCUACCCCGAGACCGCCGGACGAAGCUUGGAAGAGAUUGAUAUGAUCUUUGCCGAGUCCAACCCUCGAACUCCCUGGGACGUGGUUGGUAUUGCCAACCGUCUGCCCAAGAACUCCGUGGCAACUUAUGAUGACUACGAGGCUGGUGAACAGGAGGAGAAGGCCAUUGUUGAGACAGCGGAAAGUGUCUCUCAUGAUUCGGCCGAGUUUCAGUGA